AUAUAAAUUUUAUUAAUAAGUCUGGUCAGUUUUGGUACCUACUAUACUAUAUUUUGUAGUUUGUACUUAAUAAUUGUAAUUUAUAACUUAUUUCGAGUUUCGACUAUUUCAAUACUUGGAGUGGUGACUUUAGUAUUGUAUUAAUAGUUACAUUUUAUUUAAUGCUUUUAAAAAUUUAUAUUUACAGUAGUGGUGUAUAAAAUGUAAUAAGCUUUCAUGUGCAUUUUUCGAUCUGUUCUUUGAUAAUCGUGUGCUUCUACCUACUUUUAAAAUGGGUGUAAAAAAUCUUUGGUCACUAUUAACACCAGUAGCAGAAAAAAUGCCUCUUUGGGAGUUGCAUGGCAAGGCAAUUGCCAUAGAUUUAAGUGGAUGGGUGUGUGACAGUGAAAAUUUAAAUCACAACAUAAGCCAAAAAAACAUGUACUUGAGGAACUUAUUUUUUCGCACUUGUAAUUUAUUGUUAAUUGGUGCCAUACCAAUAUUUGUUUUUGAUGGAGAACCACCACUUUUAAAAUACAGUACUAUAGAAAAACGUAUUAAUGGGAAUAAAGCACCAAUAAAGACUAAUAUUAUUCGCAAACGACUAAAUUCAUUACAAAAACAAUGUGAAUUGUUGUUGAAUAUCAUGGGGGUGACUUGCGUUUAUGGUCAUGGAGAAGCAGAACAGCUAUGUGCUAUACUCAAUAAAAACGGGAUAGUAAAUGGCAUUGUCACUCAAGAUAGUGAUUGUUUUUUGUACGGUGCUCGUGUUGUAUAUAGAAAUUUUAAUGCAUCUGGAAACGGGUCUGUUGAUGUUUAUUGCAUGGGAUCAAUUGAAAAAAAUCUAAAAAUUGGACGCAGUAAAAUGAUAGCUUUAUCGUUACUAUGUGGUUGUGAUUAUGAUGAAAAAGGUGUUUUGGGUAUUGGAAAAGAUACUGCAAUUAAGUUUCUUCAAUCGCUAGAUGAUGAUGCUGUUCUUGAUCGCUUGAGACAUUGGAGAAAUGAUCCAGUUUUAAAUUCUGCUGCCAUGGAUAUUAAAUCACAGACUAAUGAAAUAAAGCUAGAGUUGAAAAUAAGGAAUAAAGCUAUAGAAAACAAAAGCUUUCCUUCUGAAGCAGUUAUUGAAGAAUUCUUAAAAGCACCGAAUUGUCCAGAAGUGUCUGCAAAAUGGAUUCUACCAGACAUUAAUUCUUUUAUUAAAUUUGCAUUGACAAAACUGUGUUGGGAAAGAGAGUAUGCAAUAGAAAAAUUUUUGCCUUUACUUACUAGGUGGCAUUUAAUGUAUGACGAUAAGUUUCAAGCGAAUAUUUUAAUGACUAAAAUUGUUAAAAAACGUGUCAAUAAAGGAAUAAAAUGUUAUGAAAUAAAAUGGAAUAAUUAUGAAAUAACAUCUAUUGAACCUCAAACAGCUGUUCAAAGAAGAUAUCCAAAUGAAGUUUCAAUCUAUGAAGAUAUGCAUACUACGUCUUCUAGAAAAAUAAAGAAAAAAAUUACAAACCAUGAUAGUAAUCUAUUUGAUAUAACAAAUACAUUUUCUUCAAUGAACAUUUCAAAAAAACACAAACAGCCUAGAAAAUUAAAGGAAGCAAAAGAAAAUGUUAAUGGUCCCUUGGAUCAAUUUUUAAUGAAGGGAAAAGUUAAAGACGAUAGUUUGACAUUGUCUGACUUUGAAUGUGAUACUGUUGACUUGGAUAUGUCUGACAUAAUCAACGGAAUUAUAACUUAAAUUUUAUAUCUAUAUUAUAAGAAUUCUCAAUGUAAAAUAAAUGUUUUGUUUUAUUAUAAUUUAAAAUAUUUUUUUUUUGUAUUUUAUUGUUUUAUUAAAAUAUGAAUUGUGUUAUAAUAAAAACUAAUCAUAUUAUA